UCGCCGUGUGAGGAGCUUGCGGAGCGGAGCUCAGCGCGGAGACAGGAGCCGCCGCCACCCCUUCCGCAGGUGCCUGUGAGGAGGCGUCGGGCCACAGCCGACCCCCCAAGCCCGCCGGCGCGCCCUCGCUCCCCGUGCUCCUGUGGGGCGGCCCGGCCGGAGGAGGCCGCCGCGGGCUCGGCGCUCGGGAUGAACCGCAGCCACCGGCACGGGGCGGGCAGCGGCUACCUGGGCACCAUGGAGGUGAAGAGCAAGUUUGGAGCUGAAUUUCGUCGUUUUUCACUGGAAAGAUCAAAACCUGGAAAAUUUGAGGAGUUUUAUGGAUUACUGCAGCAUGUUCAUAAGAUACCCAAUGUUGACGUUUUAGUAGGUUAUGCAGACAUCCAUGGAGACUUACUACCUAUAAAUAACGAUGAUAAUUACCACAAAGCCGUUUCAACAGCCAAUCCACUGCUUAGAAUUUUUAUUCAAAAGAAGGAGGAAGCAGACUACAGUGCCUUUGGUACAGACACGCUAAUAAGGAAGAAGAAUGUCUUAACUAAUGUGUUGCGUCCUGACAACCAUAGAAAAAAGCCUCAUAUAGUCAUUAGUAUGCCCCAAGACUUCAGACCUGUAUCUUCUAUUAUAGAUGUGGAUAUUCUCCCAGAAACACAUCGUAGGGUUCGUCUUUACAAAUACGGCACUGAGAAACCCCUAGGAUUCUACAUACGGGACGGCUCCAGUGUCAGGGUAACACCACAUGGGUUAGAGAAGGUCCCAGGAAUCUUUAUAUCCAGGCUUGUCCCCGGAGGUCUAGCUCAAAGCACAGGACUCUUAGCUGUUAAUGAUGAAGUUCUAGAAGUUAACGGCAUAGAAGUUUCAGGGAAGAGUCUUGAUCAAGUAACAGACAUGAUGAUUGCAAACAGCCGCAACCUCAUCAUAACAGUGAGACCAGCAAACCAGAGGAAUAAUAUUGUUAGGAACAGUCGGACUUCCGGCAGCUCCGGCCAGUCUACGGAUAAUAGUCUCCAUGGCUACUCACAGCCGACUGAAUCAAGCUUUCAGUUUGACGAAGACAGUGAUGAAGAUGACAUUAUUAUUGAAGAUAAUGGGGUGCCGCAGCAGAUUCCUAAAGCUGUUCCAACUGCUGAGAGCCUGGAAUCAUUGACACAAAUAGAACUCAGUUUUGAGUCUGGACAGAAUGGUUUUAUUCCUUCUAAUGAAGUGAACUUAGCACCCGUAGCAAGUGGCACAAACACAGAAUCUGAAACAAGUGCUCCGGAUCAAAAACUUUUAGAAGAAGAUGGAACAAUCAUAACAUUAUGAAACCACUGUUAAAAUGUUUUCUGAGAGAGGAUGUCACAGGGGCUUGUAAAUUUGGUUAGUUUAAAGCAUACAUAUACCUCUGAGCCAGUGACAUGGAAUAGACAUGAGAAAAAUAAUAUUGCAAGCUUAAAAUGUUAUUAAAAUAGUUGUUUGAUAAUUGUUAAUGUAAACUUUGAUGGAUCAGAGGUGAAUUUAAAAACAACAGAGCCUUUGCUAAUGAAAUUACAUGCUUUUGCUAUUUUGUCUGGAAAACUGGAUAUUAGAGCACAUUUUCAGAACUGUGUGGGAGGGAAGACUAGAUCAUUUCCGUUUGAAGUGGUUGCAUAUUUAACCUGCUGUGCAGAGCCCAGUUAACGGUAUUUUUUUUUUUUUUUAAUUCUAAUGUGAAGAAGUCUGUCUGUCUCUUUGGUACCUUGGGGACCUCAGCUCCUAUGUUCCCAGCAUUUUAUUUUGAUUUUUUAAUGUUCCUGUGUUGCUGAUUAUAACAAAUUAUUUCCUGAAAUGCAUAUUUUCCUAAUUUCUAAGAAAUCAAACCAAUUUGGCUGUUUUUAGGAGUUGCAUUUCAUGUUAUAAAGCGUUGAAGCUAUGUUCCUGAAUUAUAAAAUUCUGUAACAAUUGUUCAAGUUGGUGUCUGUCCAUCUUAUAGCUUACAUAUUUACAAACUAAUUCCAUGUAGGUGUAAUUUAUAUUUUAGAAAACUCUCCUUUAACCUAUCGUCCUCAUUUCCCAGUUUCAUUGGAAAGCAUUCCUUUUGUUUUUCUGCAUGUGCUCUGUUGAUGUGCUUUUAUAUUCUUUUAAUGUAUUCAAGUAGUUUGAAUUGUUUUAGAUGAAAAAAAUGCACCCAAAUUAAGAGAUUUUUACACAUAAGACAAACCUGUGCACUUUUUAUACAAAAAAUUUGAAUUUUCUUUGGUGAGAUUUGUAGGAACACUGCCUACACUUUAUGAGAAAUAAUGUAUUCACCUUUGACAGGUAGAGUUUAUCACUGUUAAUUUUAUGAGGCUAUUUAUUCCUUUCAGUGCAUCUACUUAGAACAAGUUAAGAAUAAGGCUGCUAACUUUCAUUCAUUGCCUGAUUUCUUUGGUAUGUGUCAUUGUACAGUGUGCACAAGCACUAUGGUAUGCUUGUAUAUAGAAAUUAAGAAUAUUAUGGUAUACAUAAGUUCCCUGUGGCUUAUGGACAUUUCUCCCAGAGUUAUUUAUUAAUUAAUUUUAUGGUAGGGCUAGUAUGAAUACCUUAUAACAAUUGUGUGCUAUUAAAACAAUGAAGAAUCAACUGACUCCGUUUUGAAGGAUAUUUUCUCUAUAUGGUAAAAAUAUGAGAAUAAAUAAAGUCUUGAUUAAAUGAAGAUCGCUUGACUCAAAAUACUUAAAUGUAUUUUGUUAAUAUUACCACUAAACAUAUUAUCACUAAACUAUUAACUGACUGCACAGCAUUAUGUAAUACAAUGUCGUUUUUGUUGAAUUCACUGAAAUUCUUCCAUUUAUCUACCACUGUUUUUUAAUGGCAUUCCAGCUUUAACAUUCUGUGAGUCUUAGAAAUUUGACUCUAGAAUGACAAAAUAAUGUUAGUGUUUAGAAGGUUAAAUUUCAUUUAGAAUGUAAGUGGUGCAGGGGUUUAACAUUUAAGUAAGAAUACUUUCACACACUACCUCUCUCUUUUUUUUUUAACAAAGUUUUAACAUCUGAAGUUUUCUCUUGGGAAAAUACUUCAGGGCUUGACUUUUUGUACGAAUUUUAACUGUAAAAUACAAAUUUAUCUUGUAUGUAUUCAUGAAAAUGGAAAUCAAAUCUGCUAGUGCUUUUUAUUUUAAUUAUCCUGCUAAGAAUAUGUCAGUGGUGUUUUUAACUAGAUAUCUGUCAUUUAAAUUAUCAGUGAAAUAAUUAUUAGACAUACUGUAUAAAACCAAAAGGUUUUUGUUAUACAGUAAAAUAUCAAUUCAUUGGUAGUCUGAAUUGAUUAUUUCAAGUGCACCUUAUUAACAAAAAUAUCAGUGGACUCAGUAUAAAAUUUUAUAGUGCUAAAUGUCAAGCCUGACUGUGAAUUUUGUUCUGUAUCUUAAGUAAAUGUAUGAUAAUGUUCUCAUGAGCUGUCAACAAAAUAUAUGUACUUUUGGGAACUAUGAAUUUUCUAAUUAAAUUUUACAUGCUACGACAUGAUUUUUACAUGAAUGCUAUAUUUAAACUCAAAUGUCAGUAUUUUACUACAAAAUGUACAUUAUCACUAAAUAGACUUUGAUUUUAAAUAAUCAAAUUAGCUUUAGUUGUAUAUUAUUUUUUACAAAUAAAGAUAGACUUGUAUAAAGGCUACUUUCUUGUUUUGAAAUAUAUGAAAAAUCACCAAAUAUUUACCAAGCACCCAUUAUAUAAAGUGGAUACGGUGGAAAUCAGUAAGUUAUAACAAGACCCUUGCUUCCUUAACUUUUCAUUGUUAAAAGAUAAACACCAAAUUGUAUGUAAAUUUAACUGCAGCUGUGUAUGAGCAUAAUAUAUGGCUGUGGAUUGGAAGGUAACAUUAAAAAUUAGUUAAUUCUGAUAGUGGGGAAAGAUUAUGCAUGAUAUCCACCCAGAGUUAUCUUUAACAUUGUUAAAGAUUAUUUAAAACAAGACAAAAGUAGUAAGUAAUAUGACUGUUCAUUGUAUUCUGAAAUUCAAAUUCACUUAGAGUUAAAAUGCGUAUUUAUUGCCAUCCUUAUAUGGCAUUACCUAUAUGGAUUGAAUUCAGUUUCUACUGAAAAUUUUAAAAGAGCCUGAGAAUAGAGAAACCCUCUUCCUGAGCUAUUCAUAAUCCCAAAUUGAUCACCCUGUCAUUGGCUUAGCUGAUCUCUACACUAACUCUUCUAUCCACCAGUUUGGAAGAUAAUCUUGAUUUUCCACCCUCUCCCACCCUCAACUGAAAAACAAGUUUUAAAUCCUCUGAAUGUAAGCUGAGCAUCAUGUACGUGGAAUUCUUCAUAACAUUGAU